UCUUAAGCUGGUCAUUUGUAUUAUACUCAUUGAAUUGCCUCUUGGUUUUUUUCAGAAGGUGUCCAGGCAUCAUGGCUGACUGGAGUUUCUUAAGCAAACUCCUUGACAAGGUCCAAGGCCACUCCAAUUCUGGAGGGAAGGUGUGGUUGUAUGUUCUCUUCAUUUUUCGAAUCCUGAUACUGAAGACAGCAAUUGAGUCAGUUUGGGGUGAUGAGCAGUCUGCCUUUAAGUGUAACACCCAACAACCUGGUUGUGAAAACGUCUGCUACGACAAGUCUUUCCCAAUCUCUCAUGUGCGCUUCUGGGUCCUACAGAUCAUAUUUGUGUCCACACCCCCACUUUUGUACCUGGCUCAUGUGAUCUAUGUGAUGCACAAAGAAGAGAAACCGAACAAGAAACUUGACGAGACUGAUGAGUACAAGGUAGAAAAGCAGAAGAAGGAUAUUGAAAUAGAGGACAAGUGUGUCAUUACGGAGAAAGAUCAAGUGAAAAUGGAAGGAAGUCUGAAGAUCUCCUACAUCAUCAGUAUCUUCUUCAAGUGUGUCUUUGAGGUAGCCUUCUUGCUGAUCCAGUGGUACAUCUAUGGAUUCAGCUUGAGUGCUGUCUACACUUGCAAAAGAGAGCCCUGCCCACAUCAAGUGGACUGCUUCCUCUCUCGCCCCACAGAGAAAACCAUCUUCAUCAUCUUCAUGCUGGUGGUGUCCUUGGUGUCUCUUGCCUUAAAUAUCAUUGAACUAUUCUGUUCCUACUUCGACAGACCCUCAAUGUAUUCCCAGUUGAAAAAAUGCUCCUCACCAACUGCUCCCCAGUCACCUACGUUUCCUCCUGUGGAAAAGGCAGUCACUGGUGACAGAAACAAUUCUUCAUACCUCAUUUGUAACAAGCAAGCAAGUGGACAAAACAAGGCUAAUGAUAGCACAGAACAAAACCCAAUGGGGCAGGCAGGAAGCACCUUCUUUAACUCCCACAACCAGACUUUUUAUUUCCCCAAUGACAACUCAAAUUCUAAAGAAAUCACUGCUGGACAUGACCCACAGCCACCAACCAGAGUGGACCAGGAACCUUCAAGCAGAGCCAGUGGCCACGCUAGCAGCCAACCUUGGCCUAGUGGCUUGAAGGUAUAGAUACAGGCUUGAGCAUCAAAAUUUCACUCGAUUGUGGAGAAGAAAAAAGUGCUAUAGAAAGGGCACCCUAGGUGUUAAUUUUGCUCCAGUUGGAGGUGGUACUCAACAGCCUUAGUCAUGAGGCUUAGAAAA